UUGUGUUCCUCAACUUAUCUUUAGUUCUUCACGAUCAGCCUACAAUGAAAAUUCUAAUCUUGAUUUCAUGCCUUUCCUUGAUACCCCUAUGCUCACUUUUCCUCAAAGUCUGUACGUUAAAGGUGUCAGGCCAAUGUCUUGGUAAUGAGCAAUCGUCGUUGCUUCAGUUGAAGAACAAGCUUGUGUUCAACGAUGCCUUGUCGGCAAAACUGGUACAUUGGAAUGAUAGUGCCAAUUGCUGUUCGUGGGAAGGCGUAACCUGCAGCGAGGGUCGUGUUAUUGGUCUCGACCUCAGUAAUGAAUCCAUCUCUGGUGUGCUUGACAACUCCAGCAGCCUUUUCAAUCUUCACCAUCUCCAGAAGCUAAACUUGGCCUAUAACGAGUUUGAUUCUUCCCAGAUUCCAUCCCAGUUUACGAAGCUCAGCAAUUUGACUUACUUGAAUCUGUCAACUGCAGGCUUUGCUGGGCAGAUUCCGCUUGAGAUUUCACACCUCAAAAGGUUGGCUACUCUUGAUUUAUCCAUCCAUUCUUACCGGAGUACUUAUUUGCUUAUGCUGGAGAAGCCAAAUCUAUCUACGUUAGUUCAGAAUCUUUCGGGGCUUAAGGAACUUCAUCUUGAUGGUGUAAAUAUCUCAGCUAAAGGGUAUGAGUGGUGUCGGGCCUUAUCAUCUUCACUGCCACAUCUAAGAGUGUUGAGCAUGUCAAGAUGUUAUCUUUCUGGGCCUUUUGAUCCAUCCCUGCAGAAUCUCCAAUCCCUCUCAGUUAUUCAUCUGGCUAAUAACCAGUUAUUUGUUCCAGUUCUGGAAUUUUUUGCAGACUUCAAAAACUUGACAUCCUUGAGUUUCACCUCAAGCAAAUUGAAUGGGAAAUUUCCAGAAAAGAUCUUCCAAAUUCCGACACUGCAAAGGAUUGAAUUAUCAGAUAAUAGUAUGCUACAAGGUUCUUUAUCAGAAUUUCCUUGGAAUGGAAAUCUUCGAACCCUACAACUAGGGGGUACUUUUUUUUUCAGGGACAUUGCCGAAUUCUAUUGGUAACCUAAAAAUGUUGACCAUAGUUGAUUUGCAUAGUUGCAAUUUUAAUGGAUCAAUCCCAAAGUCAAUGGCAACCCUCACACAGUUGGUAUAUUUGGAUAUGUCAUACAACAAUUUCACAGGACCAAUUCCAUCAUUCAGUAUGGCCAAGAGAUUGACAGAAAUUUACCUUACCCGUAAUGAUUUAACAGGUAAGAUUACUUCCAUUCAAUGGAAAGAACUUCGGAAUUUGAAAAUCCUUGACUUGGGAUACAAUUCGCUUGAAGGUAGUAUUCCGAUUUCUCUGUUUUCCCUUCCGUUAUUGCUGGAAUUACGACUUUCCAACAACCGAUUUUCUGGCCAAUUUGAUGAGUUCUCCAAUGUUUCUUCUCAUCCACUAUACAUCCUUGAUUUGUCCAACAACAACUUGGAAGGGCUAGUACCGAUGUCUGUUUUUGAACUCCAAGGCCUUAAGGUCCUCGACCUUUCUUCUAACAACUUUAAUGGGUCAAUGCAGCUUGAUUCCAUCCAACAAUUGAAAAACCUUUCAAAUCUUGAUCUUUCAUUCAAUAACUUGUUGAUUGAACACAAUGGAAUUAAUUCUUCGGUAUCCCUAUUUCCUCAAAUCAAGACAUUGAAACUUUCUUCUAACAUUUUGAAAACAUUUCCUGAUUUCUUGAGGAGCCAAUCUUUAUUAUUAGAACUAGACCUUUCACAUAAUCAGAUUCACGGAGAAAUACCCAGUUGGAUCUGGAAACUUCCUAAUCUAGCUCACUUGAAUCUCUCUUUUAACUACCUAGUAUCUCUAGAAGGACCAUUCCUCAGUUGUCCAACUUUAAAUAUGCUAGACCUUCGUUCCAACCAUCUCCAUGGCCAAUUCCCGGUUUUUCUCCCCAAUGUUGUGUACUUGGAUUUGUCAAGGAAUAAUUUCAACUCUUCCAUACAAAAAAGCAUUGAGAACUUGCCCAUUACGACUAGUUUCUUCUCCCUUUCAAGCAACAAAUUCAGCGGGAGUAUUCCUGUUUCAAUAUGCAAUGCUACAUAUCUUCAAGUUUUAGAUUUGUCAAACAAUUCCUUCAAUGGGAUAGUUCCCCGGUGCUUGAUUGAGAUGAGUGAGAUGCUAGGAGUGCUAAAUCUGGGGAGAAACAACCUCAAAUUGGCACAAUUUCUGAUGCAUUUCCGAGCAAUUGUCAUUUACAAACUCUUGCUCUUGAUGAAAACCAACUAGAAGGAGAGUUGCCAAAAUCUCUAGCCAAUUGCACAAAGUUGAAAGUCUUGCAUAUUGGAAACAACCACAUCUAAGACACCUUCCCUUGUUAUUUGAAGAACAGUUUCAGUUUGCGUAUCAUUGUUUUGCGAUCAAACAAGUUUUAUGGGUCGAUUGGAUGCCCGGGGCCGAAUGCCACUUGGCCGGACCUUCAAAUUCUAGAUCUAGCUUUCAACAAAUUCAGUGGAAAACUAUCAAAAAGUUCCUUCACUGCAUGGAAGACAAUGAUAACUGGUGACGAUGAGGAUCAGACAGAGCUGAAUUAUCUCCAGUUUGACUUUUAUGGUUUAGGUCCAUAUUAUUAUUACCUAGAUACUUUAACGAUUGUCAGUAAGAAUCUUGAGCUAGAGUUGGUGAAAAUCCUAACAAUCCUCACAUAUAUUGACUUUUCAUGCAACAAUCUCGUUGGGCCUAUUCCUGAAGAAUUAGGAGCACUCAAAUUGUUAUAUGGUCUCAACUUGUCAAAUAAUGUCUUCACUGGCCGAAUCCCAUCAUCUUUGCGAAAGUUGAGUCAUCUUGAGUCACUAGACCUGUCAAGAAAUGAGCUUACAGGGGAGAUCCCUUUGCAACUCGCAGAUGGUCUUAUUUUUCUGUCAGUACUCAACCUUUCAUUCAACCGACUGUUUGGAAGGAUUCCACUGAUCAAGCAAUUUUCUACAUUUCCAGAAACUUCCUAUGAAGGGAAUCAAGGAUUAUGUGGUUUGCCUUGAAAGAAAAAUGCAUAGAAGAAGAGCCACUAUCUCCACCUCCAACAUUUGGAGAAACUCCAUCCGAGUCUAGGAGUGUGAUUAAUUGGAACUAUCUAAGUAUUGAAUUGGGAUACAUUUUCGGCUUUGGGAUUUUCAUUGGGCCGCUUAUGUUUUGGGAGAGGUGGAGGAUAUGGUAUUUCGAACAAGUUGAUGGCAUUCUUUCCAAGAUCUUUCCCAAACUGUAUCUUGGAAGAAAAAUCCAGCAUAGACCAACUCAAAGAAAUCGGGGACCGAGACGUCGGGAAUAAUUUUGAGGGGCAAUACAACCAGGUUCAGGGAUUAUAAUGAUGCCUGCUGGAAGGGUUGUGCUCUGUUCCCAUGCAAUACAAGGAAACUUGAUCACUUAAAGGUACUUUUGGAGUUUAUGCCUUAAUAUACUUUGGGGCUGGAAGAGGGGACGAAGCCAUUGGUCCGUAUAGCUUAGCUAUCUGUGUAUCGUAUUAACAAUAUCUGUAUAUAUAUAUAUAUAUAUAUUAUCUACUUUGAAGUUCUUUGGAUAAUAGAUGCAUUGCUGCAUCAUCUGUUUUUCUUUUCUUUUGGUGCCGAGUAUUACCUUGUCUUGAAAAAAAAAACAAGAGUGCUAUUUUUU